GUGCCUGGUUCCUUUGGAAACGGACAUGUUUUCGCGUCCCGGGGCGCUGAAAGCACGAUGUGAAUGGAAAUUGCAAGGAAUGGGAGGAGUGGACAGGGAGCGCUCCGCACUGCGACCCCGCCUCAACCGUUUGCCUUUAAGGAAUUAGGAUUCGGGGCUACUGUCGUCACGACUUCAGUCGAGAGGCGAAGCAGGAAGGGAUUGCACCGCUGCGUCAAACUUUAGUGUCUGUUCUGUGCCGAAGGGCCGGGUUCAAGCGCUUUACCCCACUUCGGCAGUCGGAGCCGACUUGGAAUGUUUGAGUAUUGCACCAUGAACGAAAGGGGCCGCUCCCAGAAGUUUACUUGAAAGGAAAUUGACGGAAUGAACAGGGAGGUUUGUCAUGUCUGAGGAAAUAAAUUCCCGUCGAAGUCUACAAUGAGAGCCGGUGAACACGGCAAUCGGAGCAGUGCGGUCGGGCAUGGCGCGUCUCCCUUCUGGGAUUGGAACUACUGGAUCAACUGCUUCACCCACGACCAAGUCUGCGUGUCCUUCGUGCUCUGGGCUUUAUCGCAGCUCUUUUGGGCAGUCGCCCACAUAAUGGUGAUUUAUUUCCACUGCAAACAGAGGCUCUGGAAGGAAGGAUCUUUGUUUUGUGUCAUCUAUGCUUUUCUGGGCAAUAUGUGUAACAUGUUUGGGGCACUUCUAGCAAAACAACUGAGUAUUCAGAUUUUUACAGCAGCUUAUAUGGCAGCAGUGGAUAUUCUCCAUUUCAUGUUAAUUCUGUUUCCUGUUUGUGAUUCAAGAUCAAAAUCAGUACUGUUGAGGCACAGGAAAAGAAGAAGAAGAAGAACUGCUGUACUCAUAGUUUGCUUGCCUUUUGUUAUGGGCACAAGUUACUACUUAUGGCCAUCUCCCAUUGCGCAAGUGGAUUUUCGUGGACCAAGGCGGAAGUUACUUACCACAUUACUUCAGGAUGGCACAGAAAUCAUUGGCUACGCACUGGGGGUGACUGCAAUUUUCAUUGGCUGGACAUCAAAGCUUCCUCUAGUUUUAAAGGCAACUAGGGGGAAGAUUAAUGACAGUCUCCAGAAAUGUGCUGUGAUCUUCUCAAUGGUGGCAAGUGUGCUAUAUGCUACUGCCAUUCUGUCUCAAGAGAAAACCCCGGCUUUAGUCAUAAGAGCUUUGCCUUGGCUGCUUAUCUAUCUUGGUGGUGCAGCUCUGGAUAUCUCUAUACUGUAUCUAUUAUGUUUGCUGAAAGAUAAAACUACUCGUCAACAGUGGGGUUUGGAGAUGGUGGUGGAAUCUGAUACAAUCUCUCUCUUAGAAACUUCUGAACAAGAUGUGGAAGAAGACGAGCUUCAAGCUAAUACACAGAGCACGGACUGGGUGCCGCUGAACAUACCUCAGAACAACAGAUAUUUACGUAAGAUGGCAGAAAUAGGUCACUAUAUGGAUUUGAGCAUUGAACCAGUACAAGAGAUUGGACUUGGUGUUAAAAGAUUACCUGGAGAUGGGCAGACAUGUACUGAGAGAAAAACAAAACUGGAUUCUCUGCUUGUCCAUGACCCUCCAAUGUAUCCUCCAAAACAAGUUAUUCAUGCAAAGGUGUCUUCAUGUAGUUCAUCAGAUGCUACUUCUAUAAAUUCUGAACUUGAGCAGAAGUACUUGGAGGCCCUAAAUUCAGAGCAGUGGGACUUUGAAGACAUGCCUCAACAAUGGAAAAUGACUGAAAAGAAACAUGAAAAUGGCUUAAGCCAUAAUGCAGGUAGUCCAGAAACCAUAAUGACUGAAGAGAGAACCUCAUCAAUUUUGGCACAAUAUGAAGAGGAAUUAAACAGGACUGGACAAAGAAGAACAAGAUCUUUAUCAUCAUAAUGUAAAUAUAUAGCCUUUAAUAUUUGAUAAAAUGUGUUUUUAAAUGUUUACAUUUUUUUUGAUUUAUUGUUGACUACUGACCAAUAUUAAUCUAGUCAUGUAUGUCUUUAAAGAAACUUUUGUAUUUCUUUUGUGUCUAAUUCUUGAAAGGGAAAUAAAGGUAUUCUGGAUAUUGAUGAAAGUCUUUUCAUUGACAAUGCUAUCAAGUGGUACGUACAUACCAAUAACCUACGCACAGAGGUCCAGUUUGGUCCAAACACAGAUCAACAAGCUGAGUUGUAGAGGUGAUGUGAGAGUGACUACUCUUGAUAUCUUGGUAGGAUUUGACUGACUGUGGCACUUUGUUAAAACUAAAUUCAAUAGGUGUCAAAGGGAAACCAUUCCAGUGGCUAGAGUCCUGCCUCAUAUAAAGGAAGCUGGUUGUUAGUUUGGAAGGUCAAUCAUCCCA